GAGGCAAUAUAUAGAUAAUGAAAUAGUUGAAUAGGCAUGGCCACGAAGAAGCUAGUGAACUCGGUGGACAGUUGUGUGGACGAUGCUCUCCGAGGCCUGGUCAGCGUCCACUCCGGACUCCGCAUCUUACAGGACCACAAGAUCGUGGUCAGGGAAGACAUUGAUGAGGUGAUAAAGGCGGGAAAAGUGACGCUGCUGUGCGGCGGAGGAUCGGGGCACGAACCAGCGCAGGCAGGCUAUGUCGGGCUCGGGAUGCUGUCCGUGGCGGUAGCUGGUGCGGUGUUUGCGUCCCCUCCCCCCAGCAGCAUACUCACCGCCCUGAGAUACGUCACCAAACCUAACUCUGCUGGCUGUGUUGUUGUAAUAACUAACUACACUGGAGAUCGUCUGAACUUCGGAUCAGCAAUAGAGCGAGCAAGACACGAAGGACUGAAAGUGGACUCGGUAACCAUUGGUGAGGACUGUGCUCUGACGUCAUCAGACAAGUCGGCGGGUCGGCGAGGACUGGCAGGCACUGUCCUGCUGAAUAAGAUAUGUGGUGCGCUUGCAGAGGAAGGGAAAAGUUUAGAAGAUAUAGUGAAAUUUGGAAAAUACGUUACAAGAAACAUGGGAACAAUGGGCGUGAGUCUGACACCGUGCAGCGUUCCGGGAUCUGGGCCGACUUUUAGUCUCGGCGAAGACGAAAUGGAGCUUGGUCUAGGUUUACACGGCGAAGCAGGUGUCAAAAGAACAAAGAUAAAACCAGCUAAUGAAGUUGUCAAGAUGAUAAUUGAUCACAUGACAAAUACCAGCACAACAACUCACAUCAAACUGAAAGCAGGAGACAAAGUGGCGUGUAUGGUCAAUAACUUGGGUGGUAUGUCAGUGUUGGAGAUGAAUAUCAUUGCUGGAGAGGUCAUCAAACAAUUAGAGGAAAGGGGUGUAGCUGUCGAAAGAGCAUAUUGCGGCUCGUUUAUGACGUCAUUGGAAAUGGCUGGUCUAUCUUUAACUAUUCUGCAUCUUGAUGACACAAUUAAACGAUGUCUAGAUACCAAAGUAUCUGUUCCUGCUUGGUUCAGUCCUAUUUUGUCACGUGGUACAUCUGUAAGGGAAACACCAGCGUCUAUACCCGUGAAGCAAAGCGACGUUCAAGUGGAAAGUGGAAAUUAUACUCAGAUCUCGUCAGAGGCAGCUGAUAUGCUAUAUGACAUGAUAAAGCUAUCCAUGGAGAGACUGAUAGCAUCAGAGGAUGAACUCAAUAAGCUGGACAGGGAGAGUGGGGAUGGGGAUUGUGGGACUACGCUGGCCCGGGGGGCCAAAGAUAUUAUUAAACAGCUCGGAAAGAGGGAUAAACCAAACCUGCCUGUGAAUUGUCCGGCGGAUCUAGCCUUAUCUCUGGCUGGCGUAGUGGAACAGUCAAUGGGCGGAUCCUCAGGAGCGUUGUAUGGUCUGUUUCUGACAUCCGCUUCUCGUUCUUUGCAAAAUGACGUCACAGAGAGUGGAUGGAAGGAAGCACUUUGUGAAGGAACAUCGACUGUAAUGAGAUACGGGGGCGCACAUCCUGGUGAUAGAACGAUGGUAGACGCACUGUUUGCCGCCGUGUCGGCCCUGAACGCACUGGAACCGACUUCUUGUCCCGUCACGCGUCUGGAGACGGCAGUGCAAGCAGCAGAGUCCGCCGCCCAGGCCACGGCGUCCAUGGAAGCUCACGCCGGCAGAGCCAGUUAUGUCAGUGCAGAAAGGUUAAAGUAUCCUGACCCGGGUGCAGUGGCGGUGACAGUGUGGUUCAACGCAAUACUAGAGAUUCUGAAAAAGACCGAAAAGUGAUCACGAUUGGACUCCGGUGGAAGAAAUGAUGAGUCUGUUAGACGAUUCAUGUCAUUUGCACCGUAAUUCAUAGAUAAUGAUACGAUUGAAUUGUUUGAAUGUAAUGAUUUUGAAUAUUUUAUUUGUCAUUAUUGUACAUGUAAUAUCAAACAAAUACAUGUACAGUACAUAUAUAUCAGACGUAAUACUAAAUACAUGUAAAUACAACCUCACGUAAUCAACACUCAAUAUCAGAAUGGUAAACUAUGUUCAAUAAAUUCUAACACAUAUCCACAUUUGAUAGAAA